AUGGCUAACCGCCUCGUUGCCUCCGUGGUCGCUGUACUCUUGGCAAUCGGUGCAAUCUAUUACCAGAACCUUUUGGAUACAUUUUAUCCAAGUCCCAACUUGAAGGUAGUGGACUCCCUGCGAGAUGUCACGUAUCUCGGCAGUCUUUCGCCCGCCGGAGUUGAACAUUUCCAGAACAUUUUCUACGCAGAGGCACCCACGGGGCCUCGGCGUUUUGCAGCACCAGCUCCAACAAAACCGGAGAAAGGGUCUCUUAUUGAUGCCACGCAUUCUAGUGCCUGGUGUCCGCAAGGCACGGGUGAUAUCCUUCCAUUCACAAGUGUUGUGGCCAACAUCAGCGAAGACUGCCUGAGCUUGAGAAUUGCCAGACCAGCGGGAACGCAGAAAAUUGCCAAGCUCCCAGUUGUUGUUUGGAUUCAUGGGGGUGGUCAUGCUCUAGGUUCCGCUUCUGAUAUUCUUUACGAGCCUGACGGCUUGGUUAAAUUGGCUGCUGUUGAUGGGCUGCCGCUGGUGUAUGUUGGCAUCAAUUACCGUCUGGGCCUAUUCGGAUUUGCAACCAGUGACGCAUUGAUUGCGACGAAAGACACAAAUGCAGGACUUCGGGAUCAGCGUACUGCUUUGGAGUGGGUUCGUGAUAAUAUUGAGUCAUUCGGCGGUGAUCCCAACAGAGUGACUGUCAUCGGACAAAGCGUGGGAGCUAGCGAUAUUGGUCUGCAGCUAACAGCCUUUGGCGGUGACCAAGAUGUCCCAUUCCAGCAAGCAGUCAUGAUGUCAGGUGGUCCAGGGUUGAACUUCAACAGCCAUGCAACCCUGCUUGCGAGUCGCAUGGCUGCCAUUUCACAACAAGUGGGAUGUGGUAGCGGUGAAAGUUUGGAGACACUAGGGUGUAUUCGGGAUAUCCCAUUCGAGCGGUUAACCAACCUAUCGGUCACUGCAUCUCGAGCCGCCCACCCACCUUUCGCAUCCUGGGUCACGAACGACGGUGCUUGGUACGCACUGCCGACCACUGCGACUGAUAAUGAGGUUCUAGGCAGUUUCAGCUCAUGGCUGCACAAACUUUCCGAAUCCACAAAAGAGAAGCUCCUGAACCUGUAUCCUCUGGACGACUUCAAGCACAUGAUCGAGUCAGAGCACGAGGGCCAAGUAUCCCCGCAGUAUUAUCGUGCUGCACAGAUGAACCGCGACAUCUGGUUCACUUGUCCGGUUCUUGACUUUACGUGGCAAUACACACCAGUCUUUGAUACAAUGGUUGUCUCGAUGUGGGGCGUUGCUCAUCUUAGCGAUAUUCCUUACCUAUUCUACAAUGACCAUCUAAGAGCCGGUGCAGAUAACUCUGAUCCACAACUUGCGCUGGCCCGGAAUUUCAGCCGGACAAUCAUUCAGUUUGCGUAUGGCACCCCUCAAGGGGCGGACAAUAGACUUGAGUCGUGGCUGCCUGCCUUCCCAAAUAAAUCACCAGAAUCUUCCACAAGCGAUAUGCCUGGAAUUGUUACAGUGCAGCUGUUUGGUGGUCCUCAUGGCUCAAAAUGCACUACAUCUAGCGAAGACUUCGCGUUGCCUGUAAACGCCUUCUUCAAUCUCACACUGCGAUCUCUUUUUGCCCGCGUUGAUGACAAAUUGGUCCAAGUUGUGCUGGACGACAACACAAUCCCAUUCACCGAGCAUGCGGAUACUUCCAAUCAAGAUCCGAUUUUGGCUGCGCGGGAUUUGUGCGCGAUUGAUCCCAAAGCAGCAUUCCCUUUGGGAUUACCCCCUUUGUGGUUUACCUUGGUCAGUGGACCUAUUAGUCAAAAUGUUCUUAUAAUUCGGCUGUCCCAUGCUCAAUAUGAUGAUAUUUGUCAACAUACGAUUGUCCCGGAUUUGUGCCUUUCGUACCGGGACGCGAAAGAAACGGUUGUCUCGACUGAUUUUGCUCCCUUUUCACGAAGCCUGGAUCGAGAGCAAACAUCCGAGGGACUCGCCUAUUGGAGAUACUUGUUGGGUGAAUCAACGAUCACCAAUUUGCCACGGAAAACCCCGCAAGCGGUCUCAGAAGAUGUCAUUUUACGAUGCUCGAGCAAGGUGGUGAUCCAGAAUGCCCCCGAUGAGAUCACAAUGGCUAGCGUCAUCAAAGCUGCGUUGGCAAAUGUCUUGCGACAAGCGACUGGAGAUCGCACCAUUUUAUUCGCCCAAAUGGUCAAUUUUCGAGGCAUUGACGUGCCAGGUAUAUACCGCACUUUCGGGCCAAGUUUCAACAGAGUGCCUGUUUGUCUAGAAUUCGCUCAGUUGAAGACGGUCCUUGAUCUGCUCCAGGCUAUACAAGACCAACAUACUGGUGGCAUUCCGUUUGAGACCAUUGAAUGGGAUCACAUCGUGUCCAACAGUACCAGCUGGCCUCUGGGGGCUCGACCCCAAUCUUUGGUUAUUCAUCAGGAUGUUCCAGUGGAUGUGAACCUUCGGAUGAGAAGUGACCUUCGAUGUCAGAUUGCCGAUUAUGUUCCCAUUGAGCCCACCGAUGAUUCUAUUGAGCUUUACUCUGAAGCGUCGGAUAAUUCUGUGGAACUAACGCUGGUAUCCUCCAGCCAUUUCAUUCGUAAGGGUGAGAUGGAAAUACUAUUGGAGAGACUUUGUGAAUCUCUGAAUACAUUCACUGCCAAUCCUGAUCAUUUACUAGAUAUUUAA